CAACUCAAAAUGGCACCAUCAGAUACUUGGAACCUCCUCCUCCUUCUGCCCUUAACCCUCCCAUCCCUAACGCACGCCCUCAACUGCGACGCCCCCCUCCCCGGAACCCCCAACACAACCUACACCUCAAACUCCACCCCCUGCCUCCUUCGCUGCCACGAUCCGCUAAGCAUCGCAACAGGAACCCUCCUCCCCGGCUCGACAAACAGCACCGCGAUUCCCUACUGCUACCACGACUGCGUGCACAGCGACGCAAUACCGGCGCAGUCGGCGCUCGCGCCGGAAUGCAGUAGUGCCUGUGAGGGGAGCGGGCAUGCGGGGAAUAUUGAAGUGCUGGGGUGGUGUUUUUAUUGGUGUGUUGAUGGGUUUCAGGAGGAGGUUUUGGGGAUCGAGUGUGUGCCGCGGUGGGCGUAUGUGCCGAUCACGACGGUUGUUGGCGGGAGAACGGAGACUGUUACAAUUCUAACGAAUCCGGCGGAGUAUACGACGACGGCUUCUGAGGGGAUACACUCUGCGUCAGAUACGAGAUCUGCGAGGAGUGAUGCAUCGACGACUGAUAGUCCGGAAACGACGAGUGAGCCUACGCGGACGACGGAUGCGAGUAUGGCUUCCUCUAUAGGGUCGGAUGAUGAGAUCUCCUGGUCCCAGAGUACUUCAGCAGAUGCUUCGGCGGUGGCGGACUCGACGGAACCAACAAUGACAGAUAACGCAGGAACCACUAUCUAUCCCGCUUCGUUGGGAUUUGCAGCGUUAUUCUGCAUAUUGCUCUCACUCUGAUAUCAGCAUGAUCUGCCCGCAGUGUCAUCAGUAUCAUUGUCGUAUAUACAUCCCAAUCUCUAUCGACACCAGUCAAUCACAACUUCGCCGCCUCAUCCUCCAAGUCAAACUCGGUCGUACACAGAAGGAACGUAUCCCGGAGCGCCUAAAGACACCAGUAUCAGUAUAGCCGUCCAUUUACAAACAAGACGCACAAUAUCAAGGAAAAAGAAAGCUCACCGCAAGCCUAUACUUCCG